AUGCGCGGCGGCGGCGGGCGGGAGGACGAGGAGGCCGGGCAGAAGCUCAAGAGCAUGGACUCCGGCAAGGGCAUGGACGGCGGCGGCGGCGGCAGCAGCGGCGACGACGACAGCCCGCACCCGCCCCGGCCGGCCCUCAAGUACCACGGCUGGAAGGCCAUGCCCUUCAUCAUAGGGAACGAGACGUUCGAGAAGCUGGGGACGCUGGGCACGUCGGCGAACCUGCUGGUGUACCUGACGCAGGUGUUCCACAUGCGGAGCGUGGACGCCGCGACGCUCCUCAACGGCCUCAACGGCACCACCAGCCUGGCCCCCAUCGUCGGCGCCUUCCUCUCCGACGCCUACCUCGGCCGCUACCUCGCGCUCGCCAUCGCCUCCGUCGCCUCCCUCAUCGGCAUGUUCUUCCUGACGCUGACGGCGGGCGCGGACAGCCUGCACCCGGCGGACUGCGGCGUGGGGGAGGUCUGCGAGAAGGCCAGCUCCUACCAGCUCGCCGUCCUCUUCAUCGCCUUCGCCUUCCUGGUGAUCGGCUCCGCGGGGAUCCGGCCCUGCAGCAUGCCGUUCGGGGCCGACCAGUUCGACCCGCACACCGAGUCGGGCAAGCGCGGGAUCAACAGCUUCUUCAACUGGUACUACUUCACCUUCACCUCCGCCAUGCUCGUCUCCGCCACCGUCAUCAUCUACGUGCAGAGCAACGUCAACUGGGCCAUCGGCCUCGGCAUCCCCACCGCGCUCAUGUUCCUCGCAUGCGUGCUCUUCUUCAUGGGCACGCGCCUCUACGUGCGCGUCAUCCCCGAGGGCUCCCCCUUCACCACCAUCGUGCAGGUCUUCGCCGCCGCCUUCGCCAAGCGCUCGCUCAAGCAGGCCAAGGACCCCAAGCAGGACCUGUUCGACCCGCCGCACACCUCCGCCAUCGUCACCAAGCUCGCGCACACGGACCAGUUCCGGUGCCUCGACAAGGCCGCCAUGGUGGCGGCCCCCGAGGAGGUGCGCUCCGGCGGCGCCGCCGCGGCCGACCCCUGGCGGCUCUGCACCGUGCAGCAGGUGGAGGAGGUGAAAUGCCUCAUCCGCAUCGUGCCCGUCUGGUCCACCGGGAUCAUCUACUACGUGGCCGUGGUGCAGCAGUCCACCUACGUCGUCUUCUCCGCGCUGCAGUCCGACCGCCGCCUCGGCAGCAGCUUCCACGUGCCCGCGGCGUCCUUCACCGUCUUCGCCAUGCUCGCGCAGACGCUCUGGAUCCCCAUCUACGACCGCCUCCUCGUGCCGCGCCUCCGCAAGGUGACCGGCAAGGACGAGGGCUUCACGCUGCUCCAGCGCCAGGGCAUCGGGAUCGCGCUCUCCACCGUGGCCAUGAUCAUCUCCGCCGUCGUCGAGGACCGGCGCAGGGACAUCGCGCUCAACCAGCCCAACAUCGGCACCACGCAGACCGGCGGCGGCAUCUCCGCCAUGUCCAGCUUCUGGAUGGUGCCGCAGCUCAUGAUCCUCGGCCUCUCCGAGGCCUUCAACCUCAUCAGCCAGAUCGAGUUCUACUACAAGGAGAUCCCGGAGCACAUGAGGAGCGUCGCCGGCGCGCUCGCCUUCUGCAACCUCGCGCUCGGGAACUACCUCAGCGGCUUCCUGACGACGAUCGUGCACCGGACCACGGGGGGCGGCCAGAACUGGCUGGCGCAGGACCUCAACAAGGGCAGGCUCGACCUCUUCUACUGGAUGAUCGCCGGCAUCGGCGUCUUCAACUUCGUCUACUUCAUGAUCUGUGCCAGGUGGUACAGGUUCAAGGGGACCAGAGAUGCUUGA